UUUCAUAUCUGUCACAUUAGCUACAUAUAUAUUUUUUGUUGCAAUAAUAUAAUCGGUAUAUAAGUGUUGGAAAGGUGAUGGUGUUUGUAUUUGUGAUUACAGUGUUAAACAUCGUUUGAACUAUGGUCAGAAAAGCUAGCUAUAAUGAAUAAUACAAUAUAGUUAUAAUAUGUAAGUGAAAGAGAUGAAAAAAUUCAUUGGAAUAUCUAAACAAUAUUAUUAAGAAUGUACGAAGACCUAAGUAAUUUUAUCACAUUUGACUAUAAUACCAUUUGGAAUAUGCAUAGUGAAAGUUCAGAAAAUAUGUACCAAAACACUGUUUUAUUAGAUAUAAUGCAGGAUAAUGAACCAUCUAAAGAAAUUAAUACGAAUGAAGAAAAAAGUCAUUUUGAGGAAUUAAAUAAUUUUGAAUCUGAUAACAUAUUACAUAAUAAAAUAUCACACAAUACUAGUACAAAACAAGACAUAUCAAUAUUGAAUAAAACACAUCGUACAGUUCCUAAUAUCUUAAAGAGUAGUUCAAGAUCACAUAAAAUAUCUGAAGUAGAUGCAACAAAACCAAAUUGCUUUCUUGAAGAUAUAGUAAAAACAGAGCAACAAGUUUUACUUGUUCCUGAUGCAGCAUCAAAGCAUAUUCAGUCUGAAAAUACAUUUGUUAAAGAAGCUAAAUAUAAAAAAGUAUCAAGGAGAAGGAAACAAAAGUUUAGCUAUGUGAACGCUUGGAACAUUUGCUCCUUUGUUGACAAGGAGAAGGAAGUAUUGGAUAAAAACAUUUGUAUGUCAACAGAGAUAGACAGUUCUACACAAAAAAAUAAGUUGAAGCAUUACGCUAACAAGCAGAAUAAAAGACAAGGAAUAUCUAUUCUUAAAAGUGAACAAGAAAGACUUGUAUCUUCAAUGUCUCAGAAUGUAUUAACAGAUUGUACCUCCAAAAGUCAGUUCCUUUCAUCUUUGGAAGAAAUUGAAUCAAAUAAUUUUCAAGAUUCAAUUGAUUUCUCUAGCAAUGAAAUAUUUAAUACAUUUUAUUACGAAUCUUAUGACAGCAAUAAGUUAGAUUUUUUUAUAGGGUAUACUGAGAAUUCUGAUGAUACAUAUAAUUCUUUCAGUUCGAAACAUAGUGAUUAUCAGGUAAAAGAACUUGAUAUGAAUUAUAAUGAAAUAGAUACAUAUGAGACAAUGGCAGAUUGGUCUUUAACAGAAAAUGAACAGGAUGAAAUAGAUAUUUCAAUAAGAAAACCUGUAAUGUCUCCAGAUUAUUGGAUCGAAGAUCUUUUCAGUGAUAGAAAAUCAAAAUGUUCAUGCUGUGAUUAUUCUUGCUAUGAGGAUUAUGCUCCAAAUUUGAUUACAACUAGUGAAAUUAAUACUUAUACAAAAGACAGACUAUCAACAGAAAUUUUUAAUGAUGAUUCACAAGCUAAUUUGGACAAUACAGAUUUAUAUACUUCUAAUAGUACAUACGUAACUGAUAAUGUUUUAAGUGAGGACAGCAGUAGAACAUGUUCACCGCUUAUUGACAUUGAAAGUUCUUUGCAAAUUACGGAUGAUAUUGACUCAACGUUAAUAAAAUUUUUUAAUUAUUCAUGUCAAAAAGAUAUCAAAGAAGGAAUAUCUAAACAAUUUACAUAUACACAAGAACAAGAAGAAACAUUACAAAUUCAAGACAGCAACGAAUAUAAACAUAUUACAGAAAAAAACGAGUUUCAGUGUUCAUCAUGUUUAUUAUCGUUCGCAAGCGCGCGUACAAUGGCAAUACAUCAAGCUGCAGCGCAUGGAGGUAUGUACAUAAUACUUUGCGAAAGUUGUGGUAGGCUUUUCAAUCGAAAAUAUCAUUUCAAUAGGCAUUUCAUUCAUUGCCACCGUAUGAAAGAACCUUUCAAUUGCGACAUGUGCUUUAGAAAAUAUAGACACAAGUCAUCUUUACUUCACCACUUAAAAGUAGUGCACCAGGUUCACUAUACUCGUAGUCGUUCGUCAACAUUCACUUGUAAAGUGUGCCAAAAAGUUUAUAGCAAAUUUGGUGCUUUUGAAAAUCAUGUGAAAACCCAUAAAAACGCUUGGUAAGUUUAACUUACUGAUGUUUUCAAAAAAACAAAUAUAUCUAGCAAUUAUAUUACCAUUUAAAUAUUUCAAAGUUAUUAAUCUAAUUAAAGUAGAUAUUAUUGAAAUGUUAUAUUUAUAUUUAUAUUUAUUUUUUAUUUGCUGACGUUACCUUUUUAGAAAUAUUAUUUUAAUGCUGUUAGGAUAGCGUUAGAUGUAACUAUAAAAUAAUUCUUACUACGAUCCAAUAUAAGAUAGCAAAAAAAGUAAUUUAGAUUAUUUAUAUACUUGGAAAUAUAAUAUUUUGUAUCUUGGUUAUUUUUAUAUUUUUUAUUUGUUACCUUUAUAUGUAUUCUUAUUUAUAUAUUUAUAUCGACAGAAGAAUAGCAUUUUAAAUUAACUACUUUUUUCAUGUAAUCGAUACGAAGUGAUACGUAAAUUAAGAUUAUAGUAUUAUAUAAUCCAGAUUUAACAGCCGUAAUAAAAUAAAAAUUUUCCUUUUUCAUUUUUGAGGCUGUUAUGAAAUAUUGAAAUGUUUUAUUUUUGUAUCUGUAUUUGAUGAAACUGUAAUACCUGAGAUGUAAAAAAUGUGAUUGUAAAAUUUGUAAUAAAAUACUUAACGUGAAAAUGUUUUACUUGAUAAUGUAUGCUU